CCUACUUGGCUUCAUGAACGUUAACCCUCUCAGUGCUGAUGUUGUGUAAUUGAAAAAAGAUAGUACGUUAAGAGUAACACUAGUCAUCAGUCUUUGCCAAAUUGAAAGAUAUCAUUUUCCUUCCUCGAAAUCCAAGUGGCUACUGCGACUACUAGAAUUCGGAAAUGAGGCGUUCUUUAAAACUUUUUGUAUUGGGAAGUAUAACUGCAGCUCUUCUUGCACUGUACUUGAGAGGUCCAACCUUCAAUGCUGAGUCCUUAAAGGGUUCCCGGGUCUUGGUGACUGGUGCCAGCACUGGCAUUGGAGAGCAGGUUGCCUACCACCUUGCCAAAGCUGGUGCACAGAUUGUUAUCACUGCAAGGAGAGGCAAUGUUCUGGAGCAGGUGGUGAAAAAAUGCAUGACUAUGGGGGCUCAGAAAGCCGUGUACAUCCCAGCUGAUAUGUCAGAGGCGUCUGACCCAGAGAAAGUUGUGAGGUUUGCCGUAGAGCAGCUUGGAGGAUUAGACUACCUAGUGCUGAAUCACAUCGGACCCAGUCCCUUUGCCAUGUGGGAUGGAGAUGUUGAGCAUACUAGGUGGUUAAUGCAGGUAAAUUUUUUAAGCUACCUGCAGAUGGCAUGGAAAGCAAUCCCAACUCUUGAGCAAAGUAAAGGUUCGAUAAUAGUAGUCUCCUCUGUGCUUGGAAAGAUGUGCACACCAUUUGUUGGUCCUUACACUGCCACCAAGUUUGCCUUGAACGGUUUCUUCGGAACAAUGCAGCAUGAACUGGCCAUGAAAAAGAGCAAUGUGACAGUCAGCAUCUGCAUUCUGGGGCUGAUUGACACAGAUUCGGCUAUGGAGAAAGUCAGGUUGGCUGUUUCAAAGUUACCUAACAUCCUCAGGGGAUAUACCAACAUGACGGCGUACCCGGCGAGUGAGGCAGCCUGGCAAAUCAUCACAGCUGGAGUGACCCGGCAGCCAGAGAUCUUCUAUCCCUGGUACGCCUACUACUCUGGCCUCUUCAAGGACUGGUUUCCCUUCUUCAGGGACAUGGUCAUCCGAGGGUUUUACCAUUAUGAGCCAUAGAGAAGGAUGGAGAGGAUACCCAUAUCCUGCACAUGUGCACAGCAGGCAAUAGAAUGUCAUUUUGUUUUUAGAAUGUUUGUGUUUUUAGAGCUAACCAUUUUGUUAUAGUUGUGUAUUUCAUUCCCUCAUCCAUGUCUAAUUUUAAAGGUACACUAUGCAAGAUUUUCACCUUAAUAUAACCUUUACGAAGCUAAUUUGAUGGUAAACAAACUUGUAAUAGGGGAAUCGUUCACCUAGCAUAGCCAUACAGCAUAGCCAUAGCGAGUCGCUAAUAGAGAACCAGCCAUGCAACUUCAAGAAUAGUCAACCUGAAUACAUCUUGCUUGAAUCAUGAAACAUUACCUUGUCAGUAGAUGUAGCUCUUUGGAGAUAGCCUGUUGUUAAUCAUUCGCCUCCACAACAACAGCAUUUUCAUUGUGUACAGGGGGAACAAGCCACGAGAUGUAGGCUAUUUACAACAGCAGAGUGUAAAAUAUAAAUAUAUCGCGACUCUAGGGGGAGUUCUACAGUCGCCAAAAAUACCUGAAACUGCAUAGUAUACCUUUAAUACAAAUACCUAUGAAUAGUGCAGUUCACUGUUUUUUAUGCUAGGGGGGGCAAUAGCACUCUCAAAAGCCUUUCAGCAUGAAAUUACCCCAUUCCAAAUACAGUAGAUCCUUAUUUCUUUUGUAUUAAUUUUAGGUGCAUAACUUUUGUAUUACUUACUUAUACAUUAACACUGCUGAUAUUUUAUAUUUAAUUUACAUUGCCUCUACGAUUGCUACAUAUAUGUAUUUGUCUAUUUAUCCAGCAUACUUGAAACUCUGAACUCUCAUGAGUUAUCAUACAAUCAGGAAGGAACUGAAAUUCUUUUCUGCCAUGCAUGCAGUGAACAUAAAACUUGAAAAACACUGUUCAUUCAUGUCAAUCAAGGAGAGCUGAACCGGCUUGGCCCCUUAUGUAACAGCAGAGUGCAUGUUUCAACUCUGCACUGAUCCCUAUUAAGACUAAAAACUGGUUUUGUGUUCUGAUGAUGAUCACAUCACUUGUGUUGUUAUUCCAGUAAAUAUCUGUUUGUGAAGGGUUUUCCCUGUCAUCAUAGCCUGUGGGUAUUUCAAUAUGUAUUUUUGCAGAUUGUUUUUAAUAUGAGUAAAAGGUUUAUAAAAAAGGUUUGUUGUAUAUAUCUUCAGGGCAGUGAAUUGAGAACCGAGAGUGUGACGUUACCACACAUUACACAUCACACAUUACCACAGUGUGCAAGACAGUUGUAUCAGGCAUUACACUGAAGAAGCAAUAAAAUAUCUGUGUCUUGCCUGGCAUACAGAAUAGUCAG